UCGGCAAGCUAGAAGCAUGGAGGCACCCUGGGGGAGCAUCAGCGCUGAGCGGGGCUGGUACGUCUCUGCUCAGCAGCCUGAAGAAGGAGAGGCAGAAGAGUCAAGCCCGUUGCUAAGCAACGAACUUCCCAGGCAAGGAUCCCCAGGUGUUUCAUUUGGUUUCUCGGUGUUUAAUUUGAUGAAUGCCAUCAUGGGAAGUGGCAUCCUUGGCUUAGCCUUUGUUAUGGCUAAUAUUGGUAUCCUUGGAUUUAGUUUUUUGCUGCUAAUUGUUGCUGUCCUGGCUUCUUACUCAGUCCAUCUCCUGCUUAGUAUGUGUAUUCAGAGAGCUGUGAUGUCUUAUGAAGAUCUUGGACUCUUUGCAUUUGGAUUACCUGGGAAGGUGGUGGUGGCAGGUACCAUAAUAAUUCAGAAUAUUGGAGCUAUGUCAUCUUAUCUUCUAAUUAUUAAAACAGAGCUUCCUGCUGCUAUUUCAGAAUUUUUACCAGGAGACUACAGUGGGUCUUGGUAUCUUGAUGGACAAACAUUACUAAUAAUUAUUUGUGUUGCCAUUGUGUUCCCUCUUGCACUUCUUCCCAAAAUAGGCUUUCUUGGCUACACAAGUAGUUUAUCAUUUUUCUUUAUGGUGUUCUUUGCUCUCGUGGUAAUAAUUAAAAAAUGGUCCAUUCCUUGUCCUCUGACAUUAAAUUACGUCGAGGAAUAUUUCCAGAUUUCAAAUGCUACAGAUGAUUGUAAACCAAAGCUCUUUCAUUUCUCCAAAGAGAGUGCAUACGCCAUACCAACCAUGGCUUUUUCAUUUCUCUGCCACACUUCAAUAUUGCCCAUAUACUGUGAACUUCAAAGCCCUUCAAAGAAAAGAAUGCAGAAUGUAACCAAUACAGCGAUUGCUUUAAGUUUUCUCAUUUAUUUUAUAUCUGCACUCUUUGGGUACCUUACUUUUUAUGAUAAAGUGGAGUCAGAAUUACUACAAGGUUAUAGUAAAUACUUGCCACAUGAUGUUGUUGUCAUGACUGUGAAGUUAUGCUUACUAUUUGCUGUGCUUUUGACAGUCCCUCUAAUCCACUUCCCUGCAAGGAAAGCUUUAAUGAUGAUAUUUUUCUCCAAUUUUCCAUUCUCCUGGAUUCACCACUCUUUGGUCACUUUAGCACUCAAUGCUGUCAUUGUUUUACUUGCAAUAUAUGUUCCUGACAUUAAAAAUGUAUUUGGCAUAAUUGGUGCCAGCACAUCAACAUGUUUGGUUUCUAUAUUCCCUGGACUGUUUUAUCUUAAACUUAGCAGAGAGGAUUUUCUCUCAUGGAAAAAGCUUGGGGCCUGUGCUUUGCUCGUCUUUGGUAUUUUGGUUGGGAGUUUUAGUUUAGCACUCAUCAUAUUUGAUUGGAUUAAUAAAUGAAAGGAAUAUUUCCCCACUUUUUAUGAAGAAUAAUUUACCAUCAUAUGCAAGAGGAAUGAUCUGGAAGGUGCUUGGGAUAAAU